AUGCCUGGCGAGAACGCCACUGCACGCCACCACGCCGCACAGCACACGGGGACCCUCCCUCAGAAACCCCCAAACAUUUGCCCCUGCCACCCUCCAUCCCACCACCCCAAACAGCAAAACACCCCAACCUCCCACUACACAAACCGCAAAGGGAACAUGCUUUUGACACUUGGCUGGGGCAUCCUGAUCGCCAUGACCCUCCCCACAGGAGAGGACCUCAGGCCAUCUGAGUACCCAAACCCACCCAAUGGAUCCACCCUCCUGCCCAUUUCCCAAAAACAUGACCGAGGAUUUCCUGUCUACCUGGCUCCCUGGUUUCGCCCAACCUCCCAAGAGGACGCUCACCCCAUCGGGGCCAGCCCAGUCACAGGUGCGAUGAUCACCAGAGGCGGAGACUCCAGCCUCAGCCCCCCCACCCCUGCAGACAGGCCUGCCAACGCCAACCUUGCCCCAUCCCCGGGGACUUACUCCCUCACUCAUGGACUGAGGCCUCCCAGCUCCCCAAGCUCCAGAGGCUCAUCCAGCCUCAGCUGCCUCACCAGCCUACCCCUCCAGCUCAUCCAAACCCCACUACCCUCCUCCCCACACCUCCUCCGAGAAGAGGCCCCUCUUCCCUCCAACCUGUUCCACAGCUUCACCUGCCUCUUCCUCUCCACGCGGCACACCAAACUUGCAUCAGUCUCUCCUUCCAACCCAGACCAGCACGUCUCAGCCGCUGCCCAGACGAACUGGCCCGCCUCCGGGCCGGGUCAAUACCGCUGCAGCCCGCUGACCACCUUUCACCUUGACGCACCUCCGUCCUUUCUCCCGCAGCCGCCCCGGCUCUUCGGCCCACGCGCCGCCUCCCCAUCUGCACGCUCAAGCCGGCAUGAGUCCGCCAAGACCCUUCCUCGCAUCCGAUCCUCGCCCACCGGCCAGACUCCCCACCACCAGGUGGCCACCUCCAAAGACGCACUCUCCACCUCCAGGCCCACCUCCCGAGGAAGACGUGAGCCGCUAUCUUGGCCAUGCGUCUCCCCGAUGUAG